GGGGCGCCGAGCAUGGGCGGCGGGCGCUGGGCCGCGGCGGGCGCGCUGGUGGCGCUGGCCGCCGGGCUCCUGGCCGCGGGCUCGGCCAGCGAGUACGACUACGUGAGCUUCCAGUCGGACGUCGGCGCGUACCAGAGCGGGCGCUUCUACACCAAGCCGCCGCAGUGCGUGGACAUCCCGGUGGACCUGCGGCUGUGCCACACCGUGGGCUACAAGAGGAUGGUGCUGCCCAACCUGCUGGAGCACGAGACCAUGGCCGAGGUGAAGCAGCAGGCCAGCAGCUGGGUGCCCCUGCUCAACAAGAACUGCCACAUCGGCACGCAGGUCUUUCUCUGCUCGCUCUUCGCGCCCGUCUGCCUGGACCGGCCCAUCUACCCGUGCCGCUGGCUCUGCGAGGCCGUGCGAGACUCGUGCGAGCCCGUCAUGCAGUUCUUCGGCUUCUACUGGCCCGAGAUGCUCAAGUGCGACAAGUUCCCCGAGGGCGACGUCUGCAUCGCCAUGACCCCGCCCAACGCCACCGAGGCCUCCAAGCCCCAAGGCACGACGGUGUGUCCUCCCUGUGACAACGAGCUGAAAUCUGAAGCCAUAAUCGAGCAUCUCUGUGCCAGCGAGUUUGCCCUGAGAAUGAAAAUCAAAGAAGUGAAAAAGGAAAAUGGCGACAAGAAGAUUGUUCCCAAGAAGAAGAAGCCCCUGAAGCUGGGGCCCAUCAAGAAGAAGGAGUUGAAGAAGCUGGUCCUGUUCCUGAAGAAUGGGGCCGACUGCCCCUGUCACCAGCUGGACAACCUCAGCCACCACUUCCUCAUCAUGGGCCGCAAGGUCAAGAGCCAGUACCUUCUGACGGCCAUCCAUAAGUGGGACAAGAAAAACAAAGAAUUCAAAAACUUCAUGAAGAAGAUGAAGAAUCACGAAUGUCCCACUUUCCAGUCGGUCUUUAAGUGA